GCAGACAACCAAACACACCCUUAUUGAUGCUCUCGUGUUCGUCACCUGCAACAAACAGCUGCGCGAAUCAGUAAUGGAGGCCGCCACUCUCUUCAGAGCCGUUAAACCCUCCCGUUUCAAGCUCCCAAAACCCACUCCCCUCCGAUUCUCCUCCACUUCCUCCGCCCCCACAAUUCACAGAGGCAACGACGGAAAGCGUGAGAAGGCGUAUGGCGGGCUGUUGCUGGACGCCGGCGGCACAUUGCUGCAAUUGGCGAAGCCGGUUGAGGAAAUUUACUUCACCAUCGGCGCGAAAUACGUUUUUGCAGGUGUGCAGUCAACUGCAGCUGAUAUAAAGCAAGGUUUUAAGAGGGCUUUCUCUGCACCAUGGCAUCAUAAACUUCGAUACCAGGGCGACGGCAAGCCAUUUUGGAGACACGUCGUGUCUGAAGCCACCGGCUGCGACAACGUAGACUACUUUGAAGAAGUGUACGAGUACUACGCCAAUGGUGAGGCAUGGCAUCUUCCUCGAGGAGCCCACGAAGCUAUGCUGUCCCUGAAAGACUCCGGAGUUAAACUAGCCGUCGUCUCCAACUUCGACUCUCGCCUGAGGAAGCUGCUCGAGGACCUCAAUGUGUUACAUCUGUUCGACGCUGUCAUCAUAUCGUCCGAGGUCGGAUACGAAAAACCGGAUGAGAGAAUAUUUAGAGCUGCUUUAGAUCAAAUCUGCGUAGAGACGAGCAAAGCAGUUCAUGUCGGAGACGAUGCAACGGCCGACAAAGCAGGGGCUAACGCUGUCGGAAUCGACUGCUGGUUAUGGGGAAAGGAUGUGAGAAGCUUCUCAGAUAUAGAAAGUCGCAUACUUCAAUCAGAGCCCUAAAAUCACACUGUGCAAGCUUUGCAGGGAAACGAGAGUGUCGUUGUCCUAAUCUGGGCAACGACUCAGCUCGUUUCCGUGCUUUUUUUUCAUUUUGAACUUGUGAAACAUUGGUCAAGAGAGGAGAAGAUAUAGUGCAGAAUUUGAUCCAUAGCAAGAACCAAGUUUUGUAACUUAUAUGUAUAUUGCACAUCCUAUUCAAAUAAAAUGCAGAAAUCACUUGAGAAA